CCUGGUUGUCGCUCGACAGCAGCAGACCCACAGCCGCCACGGCCGCUACGGCCCGCCGUUCAGGGGCCGGGACGAGGUGGGUGCCGUGACGCAGCGCAGCCGACUGCUCGUGAGGCCAGCAAGGCAGAUGACUGCUGCCGCGAGGGCCGGAGAGACGCAGCCAUGGACCGUGCUCACAGAUCGAUUAGACUGCUGAGGCCUGCCUUGCGCUUCGCCAUCUGCCCAAGCGGAGGUACGGUGAAGGGCACGAGGCCUCUCUCUGCCACAGAGCGAGUCGCUUCGACGCUCCCGUCUACUUAAGCAGGCGUCUCUACGCCCAGCAUCGCAGCUCCCCACCUCUCCGCAUCUUGCGACCCUCACUCACCCUCUCAAGCACCUUUCACCUACUCACACCCACCACACCCGCCGCCAUGCCGCAGCGCAGCACCAUCGACCCACGCGAGAAGCAGCUCAACGUGCCGAAGCGCCACAAGGUCGCCAUCUUCCGCGAGCAGGGCGGUCCGAUCACCAUCGAGGACGCCGACGUCGUGCACGACCUGCCGCGCGGCCAGGCGCUCGUCCGCGUCAUCUACUCGGGCGUCUGCCACACGGACCUGCACGCCAACCUCGGCGACUGGCCCGUGCCCAACAAGCUCCCGCUCAUCGGCGGACACGAGGGUGCCGGCGUCGUGGUCAAGCUCGGCGAGGGCGCGGACCAGCACGUCAAGAUCGGCGACCGCGUCGGCAUCAAGUGGAUCAACUCGAGCUGCGGCGACUGCGUCUACUGCCGCAAGUCGCACGAGCCCAACUGCGUCAAGGCCGAGUGCAGCGGCUUCUCCGUCGACGGCAGCUUCCAGCAGUACGCCGUCGCCGACGCCAAGUCGCUCACGCCCAUCCCGGCGGCGCUCUCGCUCGAGACGGCCGCACCGCUGCUCUGCGCCGGCGUCACCGUCUACAAGGCCUGCCGCCAGGCCAACUUCACGCCCGGCGACACGGUCGUCAUCGUCGGCUCGGGCGGCGGCCUCGGUCACCUCGCGACGCAGUACGCCAGCUACAUGGGCGCGCGCGUCAUCGGCAUCGACACGGGCGCCGACAAGAAGGCGCUGAGCGCCAAGUGCGGCGCCGAGGUCUUCAUCGACUUCAACCAGAGCAAGGACCUCAUCGCCGACAUCAAGGCCGCCACGCCUGAUGGCCUCGGCCCGCAGGCCGCCAUCGUCGCGGCGUCGGGCGCCAAGGCGUACGAGCAGGCGCUCGAGUACCUGCGCCCGCGCGGCACCCUCGUGCCCGUCGGCCUGCCGCCCAACGCCACCAUCAAGGCCGACGUCUUCUGGACCGUCUUCAAGAGCCUGAGCAUCGUCGCCAGCUACGUCGGCAACCGCCAGGAGGCCAUCGAGGCGCUCGACAUCGCCGCGCGCGGCAAGAUCAACGUCGUGUCGCGCACCCUCGGCCUCACGGACCUGCCGGAGGUGUAUAAGCAGAUGCAUAACGGCCAGAUCGCGGGACGUAUUGUGCUUGACAUUGACCGCUAAGCGGUGAUGCUCGCUCGCUGCGGGCCAGGCUCGGCCUCCGUGUCACGCCUCGCGCCGCCUAGUCGACCCGCUCUGUUCCGUCUCUGCUCCGCUACUCACACACUACUACUGCCGUUCCUCACGACCCACCCGAGCUGCGCCUCGCCCGCCGCGACCUCGCAGCCGUGGCCUGGCGACGCGCUCCGUGCUCCGAAAUGUCAACCGUCGCGACAUGCUGC